CUGUUUCUUCGCCAAUUCGACCCUUGUCCUCGUCCCUUCCACUCGGCCGCCCCACAACCCCUCGUCCCAAGUCAAAAAUGCGUGUCUUCGCCAUUCUCUUUGCUCUCCCAUUCCUCGCUGCGGCGCAGUCAUCUGCUGCCUCGCACGCCGUCAGCGCCGCCUCUUCGGCGGGUGCCUCAGCUGCCAGCGCCGCGUUGGCUAGCGCGACCGCCGCGCUGACGCCCUGUGCGGUGACCUGCAUCACGGAUGCCGCCAAAGCCAGCGCGUGUGGCACCUUCUCGAACGUGACAUGUGUGUGCACGAACGCCGACUUCCAGUUCAUGUCGCAGAGCUGCCUGAGCUCUGAGUGCGCGAUGAACGACGACGCGAUUGCGACGGGCCUCCAGAAGCAGAUUUGCGGCGCAAUGAGCCUUUCCGCGACGGCCUCGCCGACUGCCACCGCGCCCUUCAAGCCUUCCAACUCGUUCGCCCUCACCGGCUCCGCCAGCGCCUCUGCCUCCCACGCGGCUUCCUCCGCUGCCUCUGCGAGCGCCCGUGCCGCUGGUGCCGUCGCUCUGACGUCUGGUCUCGGUGUCUCGUUCGCUGCGGCGGUCGCGGUGGCUGGAAUCCUUGUCGGUGGCGCCAUGGUCAUUUGAAAUUGAGCUUCGGACAUUACCUACUGCUACCGAGCGCGAUGCAAACAAUGUUGUGGAGUCUGUACUGGGUGGCUUAACAGGCUCAAGAUUCGAUCUGAGCGUCUCGUGAAUUCUUG